AUGCUCACACGAGCUGCUCGUCGAAAGCAUGCGCUCCUCUACUUUCAACGAGCCGCCGAAAGGAUCCAGUUACCAUGGCUGUGUCCGGCUCUUUCACAAUCCAAUUAUACUCCUCACCAACGUCGUUCCAUAACAUCUCGACCGUCGAUAUCCCGCUCAAAAACUUUGCCUGCGCGGAUAAACCAGGCUCGACAUCUUGCCUCUCCAGCCGCCGCUCCUGAAACCUUCGAUCGAAGUGAUGACUACAUUCCCUUCGUCUAUGCUCAUUCAGACUACCCAACCUCUGACCACCCCAUUCAACGAAAUGCUGGGGAUCUAUCUCCUUUCGACCUUUCACAAAUCCUUAUGCUCGAGAACGCCGCAGACCUCGCACAUGACCACAACGACCCCAGCCAUGCCACGGGAACGAGUUUACGAAAGAACACCGAUGAGAUUGAGGCUACAUUGGAUGCCUGUCUACAAGUGCAUCGGUGGGAUCGAGCAUUCACCCUCCUGUCACAGUUAGCACUCUGUUGUCAAAACAAUCCCUCCAGGCUGCGGAACUCCUUCAACCGAGUGCUCGCCGCAAUGAUCGAUGAUUUUGUCCGGAACCGAAAUCAUGAGCACGAAUCACGAAUCAACAACUGGGUCGAAGUACAUAUGAGGCAAGCCGGCGUGGAGCCUGAUGCGCAGACGUUUGCGUUGAAGAUAAAAGUGGCCUUGGAUUCAUUGGUCGGCGGAAAGCGUGAUCGCACCGUACGGAGAUAUUGGGAAAUGACACAAAAGUAUGGUUUAGAAAGCAGAGUGCUGAGUUUAAGAGAGAUCCUCGACGAUCGCGACUUGGGACGACUAUCUCAAAUCUGCCCGCUGGAAGUGAAGACGUUUCAAGCUGAAGAGUCCGCUCGCAGCUUGUCGGCACAGCCCCAUGUACCAUCAUCUACGGCCAAAGAACAGUUUCAUGUUCGAGAAACCGAGCAAAAGGGCUUGGGCUUGACCUCACUCAGGAAAUCGUUGUCCGUCUUUUCUGGUCAGGUGGACACCCAUGUCGAUAUGGGAUUGCAGGACGAUCCCGCUACGGCAAGGCAACGCAAGCUAGAAAGAGAUGCCAUAGAUUCUGCCCUGAACCGGUGGAAGACGGAAUACUACAAAAGGACCAAAUCGGGCAUCACGGGCGAUCUGGCUCAUGGAAAAAUCGGUGCUUUGCUAUGGCAAUGGCACGAGAUCCUCGCCGAGAAGAUCAGCAAUGAAAUCAAGCUUGCACGGGAGGACGAUGCCACAGGAGGCAAGAUGUCAGCACAACAAAAGUUGCGGGCGGAAUGCACACCCUUUCUUGAGCUGCUACCCGCAGAGAGAGUGGCCGCCGUUACCUCGGUUGCCCUGAUGCAGAUCAUGAGCAAGGUUGGAGCCUCGAAGCCAGCAAAGCUAGUUCGACUGGUCACGGAAUUAGGGCAAGCAAUUGAAACAGAAUACGACGCUACUCGAGUGGCUCGGAAAAGAAAUGCCAUGUUGAAGGCAAAGGAGAGAUUGGCUGAGAAGGCACCUGGCGCUGCCUUUGAAUGGGAUGAAACGCUGGAUACUACCUUGCACAGACGUUCCUCGCACCACGCCGCGACACCCUAUGCAUAUAAGAAGAAUUGGUCGAAGACGAUCCACGCCAAGCUCGGUUCCGUCCUUUGCGAACUGAUGUUCGACACAGCCAAAAUCAUGAUUACUCGAGAGGAUAAAGCAACGGGCAGGAAGGUCUCGAUCGCUCAGCCCGUGUUUCUUCACUCCACCAGCUAUCAGAACGGACGCAGAGUUGGCACUGUUUCCUUACAUGAAGAUUUUGUCAAGAUCCUUGUUUCUGAACCAGCCGAGCACCUGAUCGCAAAACAAUUACCCAUGGUGUGCCCUCCUCGGCCAUGGAAGGGCUUUUACGAUGGCGGCUUCCUGGAAUCGACACAACCAUUCUUGCGCAUCAAGUAUAACGAAACCUCUCAAAAGGAUUAUGGCAAAGCCGCUGCCGAACGUGGUGAUCUGGAUCAGCUCUUCGCUGGUGUUGACAUUCUUGGCCAGACCGGUUGGAGAAUCAACAGGCAGGUUUUCUCUGUGAUGCUGGAGGCGUGGAACAGCGGAGAAGAAAUUGCCAAUCUGCCACCGCUCAACAAAGUAUACCCAGAGGUCGAGAGGCCCGCCGAAAAUGCGCCUCCGAAAGAACGCUGGAAUUGGUUCUUGAAGAUGCGCAUGAUCGACAACGAAAGGAGCGGCAUCCAUUCUAACCGCUGUUUUCAAAACUUCCAGAUGGAAAUCGCCCGGGCUUAUCUCGACGAAACAUUUUACCUUCCGCACAACGUCGACUUCCGUGGACGUGCAUAUCCCAUCCCACCAUAUCUCAACCAGAUGGGUGCCGACAAUGCGCGUGGUCUUCUGCUUUUCGACAAGGGCCGCGAGCUUGGCAGUGACGGUCUUCGCUGGUUGAAAAUCCACCUGGCCAACGUUUACGGGUACGACAAGGCUAGCUUGUCUGACCGGGCGCAAUUUCCCAUGGAUCACAUUGACGAAAUCUACGAUUCGGUGCAGAAUCCACUGAAUGGAAGACGGUGGUGGUUGAGUGCUGAAGAUCCGUGGCAAUGUCUCGCGACCUGCUACGAGCUCGCAAACGCUCUGGAUUCAUCCGAUCCGACAAAGUACGUGUCCAGACUUCCCAUCCACCAGGAUGGCUCCUGCAACGGACUCCAACAUUAUGCCGCCCUCGGUGGCGACAUUGCCGGAGCACGGCAAGUCAAUCUAGAGCCUGGAGACAAACCUGCCGAUGUGUACACCGGUGUUUGCGAGCUGGUGAAAGCUGACAUCAGAGAGGAUGCAGCCAAGGGAGAUUCUCUGGCUAAAAUGCUCGACGGCAGGAUCACCAGGAAAGUGGUGAAGCAAACGGUCAUGACGAACGUGUACGGCGUCACUUUUCUCGGUGCUGUUCGACAAGUUCGAAAACAAGUUGAGGCGUUGAUCCCGGAAGUAUCCGAGGCACGUCUUUCCGGUAAAGCAUCAGCAUAUAUCGCGCGGAAGAUUUUCAAAGGCCUCGGUGCCUUAUUCACCGGAGCGCAUGAGAUCCAGUACUGGCUGGGGGACUGUGCGAAUCGCAUCAGUUCAUCAAUCUCUCCUGCACAGCUGGAGCAGAUGUAUCGGAAAGAGUACGGCGCCCAAUCUGUGCCUGACGAGCGGCCACUGUCACGGAGGAAGAAAGCCAAGAGCAAGGAGAUCCUUGAAUCCGGUAGGUUCCUGUCGACUGUGAUCUGGACCACGCCUCUGAAGCUUCCUGUCGUGCAACCCUACCGCGUGAACAAGGGCAUGAAAAUCCAGACAAAUCUGCAGAACAUCACCUUGGCUCAACCGAGUGUCAACGAUUCCGUCAACAAGCGGAAACAAUUGCAGGCCUUCCCUCCCAACUUCAUCCACUCUCUCGACGCCACGCAUAUGAUUCUCUCCGCCUUGAAGGCCAAUGAGCUCGGCCUGACCUUCUCCGCCGUCCACGACAGUUUCUGGACCCAUGCUGCUGAUGUGAACUCCCUCAGUGAGCUAUUGCGUGAUGCAUUCAUCCGUAUGCACAGUGAAGACAUCAUUGGACGACUCGCCGCCGAGUUCAAGAUGCGAUACGAGGGUCACUACUAUCUGGCUCAAAUCAACAAAUCCAACGCUCUAGGUAAAGCCAUCAUUGCAUAUCGCAAGAAGAUGGUAGAAGAGGGAGUAUUCAAGGCAGGCACAGGCUCCAAGGGCAUUCAACAACGGAGACAUGCCGAGCUGCUACGAGAGAUUCGCAAGAAGAAAUUAAUGGAAAGCCAGGACCCGAAGGAGAGGGAGGAAGGCGAGAAGAUGGAGACCGCCGCCACCCUGUUCGAACAAUACGAUGGGGAGAAGUACUUGGCCAACCGUGACUCGUUGGGUGAAACCGCCAUUGGAGCGGUGCCUGAACCGGCCAAGGAGGAGACAGUGGUCGAAGCGAUCAAUGCCGCCGGGGUUUCCGAUGAUGUCGACCUGGUCAGCACUCUCGAUCCACUGCGGGAGUCCGUCGCCAAUGAGGACGACGUUGACUUUGAAGCCGAAAGUGAUAUUGUCACUUCUACCACGAUAGAAGGCGGUCAAGAAAUCAAUGCCUUUGGCCAGAAGAUCGGAAAGAAGAAUGCGGCUAAAAAGAGCGUCAACAACCAGACUUGGCUGUGGCUACCGCUUAAAUUCCGACCGGUGCCGCAAAAGGGCGAUUUCGACGUGCGACGAUUGAAGGACAGCACCUACUUUUUCUCGUGA